AUGCCUCACUGCGCCUCUUCUAGACAGAUUAUUUCCCAUUGGAAGAAUUGUAGUAGCCGUGAGUGUCCCGUGUGCGAACCCCUUAAGAGAAACCAGCACAGUCAGCUGUAUCAGAAUUCGUUGCGCCAGCCAGGUCAGCAAAUAGUCCCAUCCUCAAAGCCGGCCGAGGUAAACGGACUGCCGGCCUUUUCGAAAUCAAACGCCGUUGUCCGACCUCCUAAUCAGUUGCCUGCCGCUCGUGGUGGCGUUCUCGUUGCCGGAACUUCGAGACCUUCAUUACCAAAUGCUCCAAGAAACCAAGGCCCUGCUCCCUUCCUUGCAUCCUCAUCUUCGGGCCAUCUAGAUAUGAAGCAGGCAAGUAGUGCAUCCACCGCUCCUAUUCCUGACCAAACCGGCUGGCGAAAGAACAUUAACAUGGAACACAGGAACAGCAUUGUUAGGAGAAUGUAGGCAUUGUUUUUUUGUAAAUAACUUUUCUUUUAGUGUAAAAUAUAUCCUACCACAGCCAGACCCGGCAGUGUACCAUGAUCCCCGGAUGUCAAACUUGAUCGAAUAUGCAAAAAAGGUAGAAAAUACCAUGUAUACUACAGCCGAAGACAUGGAUGAGUAUUUUCGCCUACUUUCUGAGCGUUGUUAUAAAAUAUACAAUGAACUGGAGGAAAUUCGGAAGCGCCGUCGAAAUGCUGCAUCGGCAGCCUCAGCUAAACCUACCUCAUCCGCAUCGGUUGACUCGACCGGUAGCGCAGGACAACAGACUAGUUCAUCGGCACCCUCAUCUCAACAGCGUUUUCCCCCUCAAACCUCGGCACCGUUGGCAAUGCCUGGUCAUGGCCUCACCUCUACUAACAACGCAGAUACAUCUAUGUCAGCCGGUGACGUCUGCUGCUCUUCUUACACUGAUGCUAAUUUGGCCAAGUUUGAUCGUGCCCUUUCAGCACACAACCGUCCCCCAGUCAAGCCUGAAAACGGUCCAGCCGUCCAAUCCGAGCAGAAUAACAAUUACAACCCCACAGCCUCUGGUUUUUCAGUUGGUGGGACAUCUUACAAGACGGAGGAUGCAGAGAAGCCUCAUUGCGCUCCUGGAAUCCCUGGUGGUGUCACAGAUACGCCGACCAGAUCAUUUCCUUACAAGCAUGAGAAGCCUGAAGAACAAAUCAAAGCCGAAGAUACGCCGUCCACAGACUCGCGCGCUACCUCUAAUUACGAAGCUCUACAUGCCGCAUCCCCUGUUUUGAAAGUAGACAAGUCAAACUGGAAAAGUUGGUCCAGAGAAGAACUUCUACGACACUUCUUGCCUCUGCUUGCGGAAAUUUAUAAUGAUCGCAAUGCUGAGCCCUUUAGAGAUCCUGUCGACCCAGUUGCUCUCCACAUCCCGGAUUACCCUCAGGUUAUUAAACAACCCAUGGACUUAGCAACAAUACGAAAUAAUCUGGAAGACGGAAAAUACAAGGACCCAUGGGAGGUCCUUGAUAGCUUCCGACUGAUGUUCAAUAAUGCUUGGCUUUACAACAAAAAGACCUCUAAAGUGUAUAAAAUGUGCACAAAGGUAAGUACCAGUCUUCAAUUCUACUUGUUUAGUUGUCGGAACUUUUCGAAAGCCAGGCCGACCCUGUCAUGCAGGCGAUGGGCUUUUGCUGUGGACAUGAGUAUUCUUACCAACAAAUUUUGUACUGCAGUUCGUCCAACGUUUGUACGAUAAACCGUGAUGCCACCUACUACGUUUAUGAAAACACGUAAUGUUUUCCUUGAAAUUAAUGCUAUUUUAGGGAUAAAAAAUCGCUCAUUUGUGAUUUCUACUAUCAAUGCGAGAAGUGUUUCAACGAAGCUGGAGACGAGGUUAUGCUCGCAGACGAACCUGACCAAACACCAACGUAAGUUUUUCAUGAACAAGUAAUCUCGUACUCUUUUAGACCAAUCAGAAAAGAAUUGUUUGAGCGAAAAAAGAACAAUGUGACAAUUAAUGAAGCCAAUGAGAUCUGUAAGGAAUGUGGCAGACGUUGGCAUAAAGUUUGUGGACUCCACAUGAACGAAAUAUGGCCGGGCGGUUUUGUUUGUCAGGGAUGCUUGCACGCUCGUGGAAUAAAACGCAAAGAGAACAGAUUUACAGCGAAAAGACUGCCAAGCAAUAAAUUGAGCACUUUUCUCGAAAAACGUGUCAAUGACUUUCUAAAGAAAAAGGAGGUGGGCACUGGUGAGGUGACUAUACGUGUAUUAGCCAGUUCUGACAAGACCGUGGAGGUCAAGCCGUUAAUGCGCAGUCGUUUUACGGAAAGUGGCGAGCUUUCUGAGAGCUUCCCCUAUCGUUUAAAGGCAAUUUUUGCUUUUCAAGAAAUUGACGGGCAAGAUGUUUGCUUUUUUGGACUAUACAUCCAAGAAUACGGGUCGGAGUCGCCACAACCAAAUCGCAGGCGUGUUUAUGUGGCCUACUUGGACUCUGUAUUCUACUUUCGACCAAAACAAUACCGAACAGAUGUCUACCACGAAAUCCUCGUUGGCUAUCUUCAUUACGCAAAGCGAUGUGGCUUUGUGAUGGCACAUAUUUGGGCAUGCCCGCCAGGUGAAGGCGAUGAUUACAUCUUUCACAUGCACCCUGUUGAGCAGAGGAUACCGAAAGCCAAACGUUUACAGGAUUGGUAUCGUCGGAUGUUACAGAAAGCCAUGAUCGAGGGCAUCGUUGUGGACUUCAAAGAUAUUUUGAAGGAUGCUAUUGACCACCAUUUGGUUUCUCCCACAGAAAUCCCCUACUUCGAAGGCGACUUUUGGCCCAACACCCUCGAAGAAAUACUUCAGGUAAGACAUUUGCUGCGUCUUUUGCAAUGUAGAUCGCAGAGUAACCCUCCGACGCAGGAGGCUCCCAUAUAAACACUCAUUUGACGUUGUAAUAGCCAAUGCCUGGUUCAUGCUUCUGCCAUUUUUCACUAUGUUAAGCCUCUGUUAGACAUGUCCCGCGUAAUGGUGGUCCCUUCCAGUAGCAUUUAAAGGGUCAGGAACUUGUGCCUGGUUUUAGCUUGGGAAAAGAUUCCUAAGCUGUUAUAAUCAUAGUACUUUAAUGAAACAAGUUUUUUUCGGAACACAUGAAGACAGAAUAACCACUUGCGAAUUCGCAACAUUACCAAGUAACAGUUUAAUUCACGGAAAGAAAAAUCUUUACGCAGUUUUGGUGAUUCAGACGUAUCUUGACCGGAAGUUGUUAGGGUUCCAGACUGUCACUAGCUGCCGAUUUAACGCUUUUGGACCGAUUUCAUUGGUCAUACUACAUGACCUCCACUGUCACUGUAAGUAGGCUUACCAAGCAGAUCGUCAUGACUGCAUAAAAUGGUAUUGCAGCAGCUUCCGCUGCUGAAGUAGUUUAAUUCUGAAUAUCCCCUAAUGCAACACAAGCGAGCAGUUUUGCCAAGUACUAAAAACUCGGAUGAGCUCAGUCCCCUGGUUACAUUUUCGCAAUGCUUGCGGCCAGAAAGUUGUGACCGUGUCCGACCUUGCCAGCGUCGAUGUCGCGGAUUGUGUUUUGCACGCAUAGCGGUCUCAACAGCAAAUGUAGAAGGGUUCCCCCGAAUUUCCCAGCAAAAAAGAUCAGAUACCAAGGGUCUAGAAGUCGUUUAAAUGUCACGCGGGAUUUACUUCAGCUAUAUUUUCAAUUCAUCUCUUCGCGUUUUUCGAUUAAGCGAUCUUGUUGGACUUCCUCUGCACUCGAAUAAGAAUGUGCCUAAACCAUAUUAGUCAUCUUUCUUAGACGGCAUGAAAUAUGCUUGCGAUAUUUCCGCAGGUGAGUGCGAACUGUCUCACCUGACACGAUGUCAGUUUACCCUGCUCAAUGGGUCGUCCCAAUAACCGUUUAUCGAAGAUAUCCAUUCUCCAUCCAUCUUCCACACGAAUGGCUCACCGUCCGCAGAUGUAAAGAUUGGCUGACGAGACUGGGUUCCAGUGCAUUUAUGUUCUGGUAGCGACCGAGAUAUUGUAGUGGAUCCAUGGCUGUUCUCGAAGGCAUGUAAAAACCACGUAUAACAUUGACUCGGUCGGCGAUGUCUUCACUCCGUCUGUUUGGUUAUAGUUAAACUCCGAGCUUCUUCGAACCGUCCACUUCGUAAACCCAGCAGCCAUUACGUACGAGGGGGGCCUUCUCAUGAUCAAAGCUACAACUCCAGGAGACCUUGGUCUUCGUUGUGUUGUCGGGCAAUGCGACUGAUGUGGCGACUUAAGUCGCCCUAGACACUAUAUCAUGUAGGUCAGCAGAACCAAGAGAAAGCAGAACGAUAGCGUCAUCCCAGCGGAGGUCAGGAAGCUCGCAUUCUUGUGCAUAGUCUACGUUGCCAAAAACACGAUGUCGUCCCAAGUACUCAGUUGACGACCUCCGUAAAUAGGAGGAGCGACAGGAUUCAAUUGUGCUUUGCAAAACCGAAUAUUAAACGGUCGGAAGUCGAUGCUUGCAAAUGUAAGCGCAGUAAUAUAUUAAUAGUUGGCCUCGGUCUCGACCGUUGGCACUGGUUUGGUGUUCAACUGCAAGAGUUCUAUUGCCAUAUCUCGUGCAGUACUAAGCUCUGCAUUUCCUUAGAACUUUCGGAGUGGAUUUGCUUAACUCUAUUCUUGACCUAUGACCCCCUAUAUCUGACAACAAUAAGUUUUCUUUAGUUUUGUGGGUUCUUCAGACUGUUCUGAUGAUCCGUUCUCAGAGACGUACACCCUUAGUUCCACUGCAUCUUUUAAUCUCUUUUCACCUCGGAAGUUUUUACUAUUUUCCCACCAGGAUUUAUCGGGCGGUUAUGACCGGAACGAUGAUACCGCUCAACAGAGCAGUUAAAGGGCUUCUCUGUUGUCAUUCCAAAGCUUGUUAUCAGGGUGUUUCUACAGAUUUUAAGACUGUCGGCCAAUAAGUUCAGUUUACUUGAUUUCCGAAUGUCAAAAUCGGAAGGUGACCAACGGAAGGAGCUUGCCUAUAAACGUAGGAACCCAGAAAUGUCUUGGAAUCAUUUGCUGCUUCCAGACAAGACCACCUGACUCUGGGAAGAAGAUCUAAGAUCCUAGGGAGUAGCAGUGACCUCUAGGUGACCCGAAGCUAGACGCUCUACUCACUGACAUAUGAACCCACAAUUUGUUGUUCUCCUUCGGGGAGAUUCGCAUCAUAACACGGUUGCGGCGAUAUUAUCCAACUUCAGAGCGGCGCACACGUCCGAUUUCAUACCGAAGCCUGGGCUGGAGAUCGUUGCUGACGUCUGGGUUUUACACCGUCUUUAGCUAUAAGACAGCUUGCGAGGACUCCAGAGCUAAGUGUGUUGACAUUGCUACGUCCUGCAGUGAGCCGGGGUCUAAACGACGUCAUUUCUCAGCAGAUUUUAGGCACUCCGACGCCCCGCGUUGGCUAUACGUAUGCUAUAUUCAUCUCGUGAGCAGGGCGUCAAAAGCGCUCUAGCACUCUUAAAUAAUUGUUUAGGUUUUCUCUGGCUGUUAAAAUUAUCUCACCCAUGCCCAAUCAAUUACUUCCUGAAUCAUCCUGUAUGGGACUGUGCCGCUUUUCGGUAUAUUGCAAAUUUGCUAUCGCUCCGGAGCCACUAUCGCCAGGGUAUAUGGAGGCAUCAGUCCACAUUCGCAGUUGUUAACACUUUUUCACUUCUAUUUGCCAACGGCUGUACUUGUAAAGUAGCAGCAAUGAUCUUUGAAUUUGCGACAAAUUACUUUUCAGCCGAAGUUGGUCGCUUUCUCAGUUUUCGAGACCAACCUUUCGCAACAAGUCUUAUCCACCCCAUGGUGCGUUGUGUGAUCGUCCUUUCCAGCAAUAAAUCGCUGCAAUGCUUACAGUGCACAACCAUAAGCGGCCGGGAAAUAGCGACGUCCUUACCGAAAUCUACAAGUUUUGUGUCGGCAUAAGCGCUACAAGGUUGAAAAUAAGUAGGAGGACGAAAUCCUCACUGACGACGGUCUUCCUUGUUCAUGUUCCAAAGAAGGAAAAUAGGGUGAAGCGCGAGAAUGACUGGGGCACGAGUCUCCCCGACAAAACUCUCGCCCUCCACCCAUUUGAUAUCCGGUCUCCUACAAAGCAUUUAUGUCCUCUCGCUCUUCCUGUUUCACUAAGGCGUCUGGGUUCUCGGGAAAACGCGCGUUUUUGGCAACGUAGGGUAUGCACAAGAAUGCGAGCUUCCUGACCUCCGCUGGGAUGACGCUAUCAUUCAGCUUUCUCUUGGCUCUGCUGGCCUACAUGAUAUAGUGUCUAGAGCGAGUUAAGUCGCCACAUCAGUCGCAUUGCCCGACAAAACAACGAAGACCAAGGUCUCCUGGCAUUGUAGCCUCGACCAUGAGAAGGCACCCUUCGUAUGUAAUGGCUGCUGGGUUUAAGAAGUGGACGGUUCAAUGUAGCUCGGGAUUUAGUUAUAACCAAACAGACAGUGAAGACAUCGUUGCCCGAAUCAAAGCCACACACAGAGUUCUCCGCAAGUUCUUACAAGCAUCGGACAAUACUUUGGCUGGUCUCGCCACUGAUGGGGAUCCACCACCAGCUGUUCGAAAAAAGUACAAAUGCGUCACCUGCUACGCCACAGCAUUGGGAAAACUUGCGAGUGUCCGGGUGUGGUUUUAAAAUAAUAAAGUGGCGAGAACUAGGGGAACAGCAAAUUUUAAAACUGGUAAGGCCACAGACUGCAAAUGAAUACCCAUCGGCCAUCGUUUUACUUUGAAGGCUUUAAUCUUUUAACCUUCCAAGUGGCUAUAUGGAUACGCAAGUUUCCUAAUCAUUGACCCAAUGGAAAUAAAACCAGAGGGAGGAUUCUUAUAGGUCCUUCAAACUUUAGGCGUGCGUACUUUUCUUUUACGCCUGUCAUCCCCUUGCUGAAUUGGACACCCAUGACUAUGAGUUUUAAAGUAAGGUAGGGCCAAAAACCACCGAAUGCAGCCGACGAAUCCACUCGAGCCCUUUUGGUCACUCCAGACGGUCAAGUUUGCCAUCAGAAGGACACUUCGGCGAGAUCCCUUUUUCCAUGAGUAACUAAAAACUAUGCGACAGUCUCAAAAUUGUGCUGUUUGCCUCGCUUCGGACACUGUCUGAAUGAUGUACUAUUAUUAAACUGAGAUUUAGUUUGCUAAAAGGGAGGAUAGCUACAACCAGCCACCCCGUCGUUGCUCUCUUCCUACAAAUGCAAGACGAGCAUCUGUGGACGAUUGGUAGAUAGGAAUGUGGAGACGCCGUGUUUUCGGAUGGCUGGCACAGUGCUCAUAUCAUCUGUUACCAGCAUGAUAAUUAAGGACAGGUUGCCGACUUUCAAUACAUCUGCCUCACUCUUCCUUAACUGCGGUACCCCGAUGGCCAGACAAGGUCAAGACGAUUGGGGGAAGGCGUGGGCAUAGUCACUGGCAAAGCUAAACAGCCCAUCUAGAUGUGCCUCGGUCCCUACUGAAUAUGUAUUUGAUUAUAGUAAUGUUGGGGGUGAAGAGACUUGCCCUUCAUCUACGUGUGAAUAUCAUAAAGACCACUGUAAGAAGGAUCUGUUGUCUUACCCCAGUUUUGCUGAUUACCCAGUUACUCUGUCAGUUGGCAACCUUCCGAGUCCCGUCAUAGAUUCAAGCGCGUCGGAUUUACCAUAGUGAGGAAUGAGCGGAUUUUCCGUUGAGUCCUCUAGUACUGGUCCCCCUUACCCCACCCAUGCUCAAGCCGACUGUCGGAGUCUGUCAGCCAACCGGUGGUUCGUGUUUCCCAGUGGCUGACGUGACACGAAAGCCUCGUUUACGUCGUGCAACACGCGUGAACUCACCACAGCCAGAUAAACGCGUGUCGUGAGCCCGCCCGAAUUCCAUUCUGUCCUGGCAUGCCGUCGGCGCACCCCUAAUGACAGUCGUAAUUUGGGAUUCCUCACCCAUUAUACAUAGAUAUAAAGCUCGCAAGGUCGAAAGAGCGGGUAAACUCUAGGCAUCUGAAUGCUGUCUCCUGAUUCCCACACAGAUAUGACAUUGUAAGACGGAGAAGACGCAUUUGGAACUCGACUUCAUGAGCACCGUCUACCAGGCGUAUGACACCUUUUUUUCACGCUCCACAGCGGUACUUUCGUGGGUAAAGCUGAUUUUGAGCAUCACUGGCUCUUUAGUCCACGGUUUGCAUGACCGGUAUACCAAAUAGUUCGAAUUCAUGCAGGACUGCGUUUGAGGGUCAUCAUGUGAGACACUACUCUUGUACAGCAGCGGACCAACUGAAUCAGCCCUUAACGCCUUCGAAUAUAUUCAGGCGAAAUAUAAAAAGCCUUCCAAGGCUUUCUGAAGCCGAUCUACGUAGCAUUGCUCACAAAACUGAACACAAGGAAGAACUCUUGGAGUAUUUAUUCAUGCCAUCUUGUGGUCCGGCAAAUGGUAAGCGUCUGCAAACUAGUUCCUGCCCGCCCCCCCCAGAGUACCACCUUCACUUCCCCUACCAACACGAGCAGAAAACCAAUCCCAACCGGCCAGAACGACCUGAACUGUGUACUAUCAUGGAGGACCGAACCAAUGUACAUGUGUUAAGCAUACCAGGGAGUUAGAAUCGUCAGUCCCACAACCUCGAGGAGAGAAAUGAAAGAAUUCUCAUCUUACGUGUAGAAGUCCAUUUUCGUUCGCGAUGGUACUACACUGGUUUUGGACAUCGGCACUUUCGUCUGUAAUUAUUGAAUACGGAUUUUUCUGUUGAGCCCGAAGACUUAUCCUGAGUGGAAUGAACUCGUUAUGUUUACACCAUUUUUUUCGGAAGUCACUUUGCGAGAUUCCGCUUAUCAGUGAGUUCUCUGAAGUUCCCCAUGUAGUUUUGAAAGUUAGAGUGAGUAACCAAAGUAUUGGUGUUUUGGCAGAUUUGUAUACAGUAGAUGUGCUAACUCAUGAAAUGUCAACCAAAAUUUCGAAAUGCGUUCUCGUUUCGAAAAGAUCAAUUAAGUAGUGUUGUAAAACUAAUCAUAAUGCAGCAUAAAUCUAUAAUGAUCCAGUUACCUCAGGGUGUCCGCUUUCGAAUGAACUUAUUUUCGGCUGCAUGCAAGAUCUAUACUCUUCAAUAAGUGACUACUUAUGUAGUAUGCAAUUUUCUCAUUGAUUUUCGAUGCCCUUGAAAAUUCAAUUAUAUUUCAUGGAAAACAUGCAUAAAAAUAUUCAUUCUUUUACUUAUUCGGUAGAAAAUCACGUCUUCUUCCAAUUUCAUACUCAAAAGAAGAGUAUAAUUCGGUUUUAAAAAAAACUUUUCUAAUUCCCGAAUAAUUUUGAACCCGACCUGCUGUUACACUUGCAGUCAGGGUUUCAAAACUACAAGCUGUAUAUUUUCCGUGUACGGAAAACCAUGCAUUUCUCUACGGUGUUAAGAGGAGACCAUAUGAGGUUCAUAAAAUUAAGCAGUGGAUUUGAGCAAUACUGUUAACUUUGCAAGCCACAUUCGUAAAUGCAGAUACAUGACGUUUCAUGAACGGCCAUUUAACGGUAUUAAAAAAUCUCACAAUUAGAGACUUUUUAAAACCUAAUUAUACUCUUUGAGUAUGAAAUUGGAAGAAGACGUGAUUUUCUACCGAAUAAGUAAAAGAAUGAAUAUUUUUAUGCAUGUUUUCCAUGAAAUAUAAUUGAAUUUUCAAGGGCAUCGAAAAUCAAUGAGAAAAUUGCAUACUACAUAAGUAGUCACUUAUUGCAGAGUAUAGAUCUUGCAUGCAGCCGAAAAUAAGUUCAUUCGAAAGCCGACACCCUGAGGUAACUGGAUCAUUAUAGAUUUAUGCUGCAUCAUGAUUAGUUUUACAACACUACUUAAUUGAUCUUUUCGAAACGAGAACGCAUUUCGAAAUUUUGGUUGACAUUUCAUGAGUUAGCACAUCUACUGUAUUUCGGCCGACCCCCUUGUAAAGAAGUCGUCAGCCUCGAUGGGGUACGAGCCCGCGACAGUAAAAGCUAGGUUCCGACUGCAGCCUACGUUCCAACUGCCUGAGCUACGAGGCACGGACCGAGAGCUAUGAGUCCAAUCGCGUUUGGGUAACGUUGCCGGCUGAUGUCGCCAAAUUCUUCACAAUUUGGUCUGUCAAGCUAAAGUGUUGCUCGAAACCGCACUGGAAGUUGGAAAUUCAGACCAACCGCAACCUUCCGACUUAAACACGGGCCUUCUUGUUCUCGUAGAUAAACAGUUUUACAACAGCAGAACAGCACGUGUUAACGAUAGUUUUUUGAGGAUAAACAUUGUAAAAAAAAUAGUGUGUACAAAUACUCAAUCCUAACACAGGCAUUUCCAGCAUACGCAUGGUCGGUAUUUUCCCAGUGCCGUGUGGGUGAUGUAAGGCUUCACAAGGCUGUGGUUGUCGACCCAACCGCUGAUAAGGUCACUGGCCGAUAGUCGAGUCUGUUGUCUCAUAGUUAUUCAAAAGCUUGUUUAUUGGCCUCAACAGACAAUAUUUGACUUUCCGAGGUUUCUUCAGACUCCGUUUUCGGUCCGCCUUAGUUUUUCGUUUUCGGUUUACACCUUCAUGGAGGGUAAGUAAGCAAUGACUAACCGCUCUGACCUGAUGCAGAAUGGAGCCAAAAGCCCUUGCCGACGGCCGGCUAAGGAAAAUCGGCAAUCAAAAGAUGCGAUCCUGUAGAGACUGCGCCGCCAACUGGUCAUACGCAACCCCUUAUACGAAAACUGCAUUCUUGAUCUCCACUGACAAAACGUAGUGCAGUAGUUUUUGUAAUGCGUUCCACUUCAGUCCCCGAGCCGAUUGAUGGACAGUGACGCGCGUUCAACAAAAACUGCCGCAUCAACCAGUUUGGCAUUAUCUCAUUACCAGUCCAUCAACUGUCUUAGACAGUUCGCCGGGAAGGGAAAGUACGGCCGACACCAAUGCACUCUCUCGUUGCAGUCUGACCCAAUGUAUCAAAUGUAACGCUCUUAAAGCUAUCACGUUCCAAAAGUCGUGCCGUGAGAGGCUGCCAGCUGACUAGUUCGCACAGUUUCCUUUUGGAGCUUAUGAUAUCCGAUAUCGUGUGGCAAGCUUUAGACAUCGGUCUUACAUCACGUCAGGCAUUGCGCCCAGUUUCGUGUCCCGUCGACUUGGCUCGAACCUGCCACUCGUACAUGAUGGAAUCGGGGAGAGUUAGGUUCAUCUCGUAGCUUUCGCAUUAUAAGAAUCCAACACGGAUUUCGACUAUCGGGAUGCGGUAAAAACGGAGUCUCAAUGACUGUCGGCUGACGAUGACGUCCUUCCUACGGACUGAGGAUCAGAUUAAAGAGCCCCGUAUUAUGACCCUGAGGGCAAUUUUCUUCGAUGGGAUCCGGGUUUUAUAAGAUGUGUUCCGUGAGUUUGGGGACCAGCACAUAUGUGGCACACGCAGAUGCGGUUUUUAGCCUCGUCGGUCACUCCGCCCACACAUUUCAGUCGUCUCAGCCCUGUCCUGCGUGUUGCGUGUAUUAGAGAUAAGUUCUGCUUAAAGGCUCCCCACUAACUCAGUUUAUGUACAUGUCGCCACCACGUGCUCGAUGCAUCUGCCGUUAGACGAACUUGGGCUUAGGUCGGUUCAAGUCAGUUUAGUAAGGGAAUGAGACUUGCGCCCUUGAGCUCCCCAUUCAUAUAGUUAAACAGAAAUAGAAUCAAUUAUUACAUCAGUAAAUCUAGAAAUUCAAAAGUUGACGGUUAGUGUGAACCAAGCGCAAACUGCCGCUGCUAAAACAAUCGUGAUUAUAUGUACAGUAGUUCCUCAGCAAAUGAGCGUCUAGUCUCUACCAAAAAGAUUCAAGUUACAGAAAAGACCACCGCAUCAGAGGUGGCAAUAUUUUUUUUCAUCGGCGACCUAUCUUGAGGUUCGUGGAUGGUCUUUUCACUCGACGUUCUGGCAGUUAACAUGUCCUGUUUGUCUCCUCUCCGCUUCCCCGACUGCCCGUGACCAAAAAAUAGCUUGAAUAUCACGCAGCACCGUGGAUUUAAACUUAAAGACAGCCUGGAAUCCGUGUUUGACAAUUCAGUAACCUAGACCCACAUGAUUUACUUCACUUUAGUCGCCCAGCAGCUGACCCUGGUUUACUUUUAAAAUUACACGGAGGAUCUUCUCUACAAGUAAUAAGACGCCAUCUUACACCUACAAUCUGUUAAAAUACUUAAACUUGCCACAGCCGGUUCGAUGAUCGCUCAUAUCUUCAUCCACCUGCUAUACUUUCGUCGGGGUUAGAUCCCGUUUUUAUCGUGUCGUGCUUAUUUUCCUGUCACUGCAUCACUGGAUUUCGCAGUAACAGCUAUUUAUUUUUCAGUCGACAUAGUCUUCCUGCAAUAGCAUCGUACAUAAGUUGCUGAGUUGAAUUCAGAACCUUUCGGCUCUACAUAUUUUACACCUUUUUCUUGAUUGUUCGUUGUCAUAGAUGUCUUUUUUUACCACUGUAGGAACUUGACAAGGAGGAACGUCGACGUCGCGAAGAAGCUGUAGCUAUUGCAGAAACAGAAGACGAUGAUCCAGAUUGUUCGGGUGGUCUCGAGGGCGGAUUGGGUGACCCGGAUAAGCGGUCUGGAAAGAAAAAGGCGAAGAAACGGAAAGGCAACAAAAAGUCUGGCAGUUCCCUCUCAAGUAAGCGCAAAAAAGUUGAUGGACCAGUGGAUGGUAUAACGGAGCUUUCGCGAAAGGUCUACGAUACCAUGGAGAAGUUGAAGGAAAUUUUCUUUGUCAUCCGCCUACACAGAAAUAACACGGCGGCCUCGCUUCCCCCCAUCGUUGAUCCUGACCCGCUAAUACAAAGUGAACUAAUGGAAAGCCGUGACUCCUUCUUACAAAUGGCCCGAGAGAAACAUUUGGAAUUCUCCUCCUUGCGCCGCGCGAAGUACUCGACGAUGGUCAUGCUUUACGAACUGCACAAUGAGGGCCGUCAAAACUUCAUGUACAGCUGCAAUGUUUGCAAGGCCCAAAUCGAAACCCGGUGGCACUGUAACGAGUGUGAGGAGUAUGACCUGUGCACUAGAUGUUAUAAACGGGAAAAUCAUCCACACCCAAUGGUUCAGUAUGGUUUUGGCAUGGAUGAGGAUGAGUCUAAUGCCAAUGGCGAACCUGCAGAAAAGUCUAGCAGCACUGUCCAGCGCAAAGGCAGCCUGGAGUACUAUGCCAAGGCACUUGCCCACGUUUACCAGUGUCGUGAUGCAAACUGCCGCAUGCCAACCUGCGUUCAAAUGAAACAGGUUCUUUCCCACAAGCGCACCUGUACUAAACGUGCUAAUGGCACAUGCACUCUUUGCAAGCAACUGGCAAGCAUGUAUUGCUACCACGCACGAUCUUGUGAAGACCCCAAGUGUCAGAUACCUUUGUGCCCAACUCUAAAGGCUCACUUUAGACGUCAACAAAUUGAACAGCGCCGACAACAGAGUAAGUCAUUGCAACGACGAACCAAUUUGACACGUGGAGCGACGGUUGCAAGCGAUGGCUCGUCGCAGCACCACCCUCCUCACACACUGUCCGAGUCUCACACCCUUGCCGGUUCGGAUCCCACUAGAGGUUCUGGCGCACAAAUGACUCAACAGGGUAUUCAAAUCUCUAAGGUUUCGUCUUACCCGAUUUCCGCAGAUCUCGAAAACAGUAGUAUGACAGCCCACAACUCGGACUCCGUCCAUGUGGCGGGAUCCAUAAACGGAACCAACCAAAUGUCUAGCGCCCAGACCUUGACGAAUCUUUAUCCCCAGGGUUCCAUUAAUUCCCCAUCCAUGUGUCAGACUCAAGUUCCUCCAAGGAUGUCCACAUUCACUUCCUCACAAGUUCCCCGCCUCUCCAUCCCAACAAGUUCCUCUCAGUUGUCAAGCAAGUCCCCGGGCCCCAGUCACAUGCCUGAAACCUGGCGAAAUGCAUCCCCUACAGUCGGUACAGGUAUGAACAACGACCGCCCAUCCAAUCAGGCUCCACCCGCAGCUGUUAACCGACCGAAUGACUUUCAAGUUGACGCAAGUAAGGCAACUCCGCAAGACAUCGAGCGCGUGCGUCAGGUGCUUCGGAUGAUUACAACUACCAAAGUUUCCACAGAAGAGCAAAAUAAACAGGUACGCCAGUCUUAUUUUGGUUCCCUUUUUCCUAUGGGGCUAGAAAAUAGGUGGGUUUUGGUAAUGGGUGUUUAAUAGCAUGUGUCUGGCCUUUCUACAUGUAUAGCUACCUGCACUUGUGAUCAGUCUGAACUUGUUAAUGAUGACAUGUCACUCAUCCGGCUCAAGUGGCUUGUUUUUUUAGCAUUGGAUGAAAAUUCACCGUUAUUGAGCUGUCCAGUUUUUUUGUCCCCUUUUAAAGGCCAAACGUUUACUAUCAUAGGUGUGAUCGACGAGAUUUGUACAACUCCGUUUUGGUAUAAAGUAUCGACCGUCCUUUAUCCAAGGUUUGGACAGACAUUCACAGUUCCAGCCGCAUUUCCGGUUGAUUUAUAUCCACUUAUCUCUAUUUAUUUCACGGUUUACAUAUGGCUGUUUUUAUACGCCCCAAAGUCUUUUCAAAACCACAUAGAGAGGGGUGCCAGCCGUCAUGCCUUCGUAUAUUCGUUUUCGAAGCGUAUAAUUUGCGUCUGUUCCACUGUUGGAGCAUUUUUCAAUCGGGUUUUUUAUCUGCUUUGGAAGGGUAAAUUGAACGCGUUACUAUUUAAUCCGCCUUCUUUACUUUUCAGUUUGUCACCUGGAUCCGGCGACAUCCAGAAUAUCAUGCCGCUUUUUAUGCUUUGCGCUCAAUGAAUCAGGCGAACGCACGAUCAAAUGCUCAACAGCGGCAGCAGAAUGCCUCGAGUUCCUUGACAGGCACUGGUCCGAGCAACGUCCAUAACCCUAGUAAUCCCGUGGGUCUCUCAACCUCACUGUCUUCUACUGCUACCCAUACGAACUCUGUGGUCGUAACCCCCACUAAUCCCCAGGGCCAGUCUACCACACUCCUCCCCCAGCCCAUGGGCUCUGUCCUUUCUAUCUCCAGCGGGGGUACGGCUAAGCAAGUCAUCCUCAACAGCGCCUCUCAGUCUUCAUUGUUUCAACACUCCCAACAAACCCAACAACCCCAGACUGUUCAGCUUGUUUUGCAACAAUCUUCUCUAAAAGGUGUGCCACAGCAGUCUCUGAACACUGUCUCUCAGCAGCAACAGCCCCAAACUAUCCGACUUCGAACCGUAGCCGGACCCGCCGUGAUACAGUCUCAGCCACAAAUGCAGGUUCAAGGACCUCAGCACAUUUACACGCCUUGCGCCUCGGCGACCUCCAACAAUGGCACCGUUUAUGUUGGUACAACGGUCGCUGGUGGGGGUGGGGGCACGACUCUGCUUACAACUAUUGGACACACACAACAGCCUCAUCUCCUUGGCCAACACCGCAUCGUCCCCACGGGAACAACUCCAAUAUCGGCCAUCACUCGAACAGUCGCUGCGCCGGUGGGCUCUGGCUCCAAUCAACCAGCUACACUGGUGCACUUCCGUGCGUGCGGCCAACAACCAACCCAGCACCAACCCCACAUCCUCCUUACAAAUUCCGGUCAGCAAGGUCAAGGAGCCCACUCACAGCUUGUAACACCCGGUCGUGGUGCUCCGAUUGUCGCCGUGAUGACCAGCUCCCAGCCAUCUAACAACAGCAGCACUCCUAAUGUGAACCCUCCAUCAGGCUCGUGA